UCCAGGAUGGCGGAACCGGAGGCGCGCGCGCGCGUGGUAGCAGCUCGGAGGAUUGAGGGACGGACGCCCGCGCUGCGGAAGUGGCUGUUAGUUUCACGCCGUCUGGACCUGGACUGGCCGGUCACGGUCGGCCAUGGAGCAGCCUGAGCCGGACGUCGCCUCCGACGACGCCAUGGAUGCGUUCCUGGAAAAGUUCCGGAGCCAGCCUUACCGUGGAGGCUUCGACGAGAAUCAGUGGGAGGAGGAAUUUGAAAAGGUCCCCCUAUUUAUGAAGAAAGCCCCAUCUGAAAUUGAUCCCAAGGAGAGUCCUGACUUGGCUUGCCUCCAGUCAAUUAUUUUUGAUGAGGACCGAUCUCCAGAAGAACAGGCCAAGACGUAUAAAGAUGAGGGCAAUGAUUACUUUAAAGAAAAAGACUAUAAGAAAGCUGUGAUUUCUUACACUGAAGGAUUGAAGAAGAAAUGUGCAGAUCCUGAUUUGAAUGCUGUCCUUUAUACCAACCGGGCAGCCGCACAGUACUAUCUGGGCAAUUUUCGUUCUGCUCUCAACGAUGUAACAGCUGCCAGAAAGCUAAAACCCUGCCACCUCAAAGCAAUAGUAAGAGGUGCAUUAUGCCAUCUGGAACUGAAACACUUUGCUGAAGCUGUGAACUGGUGUGAUGAGGGGCUGCAAGUAGAUGCCAAAGAGAAGAAGCUUCUGGAAGUGAGGGCUAAAGCAGACAAGCUAAAGCGAACUGAACAAAGGGAUCUGAGGAAAGCAAAGUUGAAAGAGAAGAAGGAGCAGAAUCAGAAUGAGGCUUUACUCCAGGCCGUCAAGGCUAGGAACAUCAGGCUCUCUGAAGCCGCCUGUGAGGAUGAAGACUCAGCCUCAGAAGGCCUAACUGAGCUUUUCUUGGAUGGACUCAGCUCUGAAAACCCCUGUGGAGCCAGGCUGAGUCUAGAUGACCAGGGCAGGCUGAGCUGGCCCGUGCUCUUCCUGUACCCGGAGCAUGCCCAGUCAGACUUCAUCUCUGCUUUUCACGAGGACGCCAGGUUUAUUGAUCAUCUAAUGGUGAUGUUUGGUGAAACGCCCUCCUGGGACUUAGAGCAGAAGUACUGCCCUGAUGACUUGGAGGUCUACUUUGAGGAUGAGGAUGGGGCAGAACUCUACCGGGUGCCUCCCAGGAGCACCCUGCUGCGGGCACUGCAGCACCCCAGGUACUUUGUCAAAUCCCUGACACCAGCAUUUUUGGUCUGUGUGGGAUCCUCUCCUUUUUGGAAGAAUUAUCUCCAGGAGAGAAAGGUGCACCAGAUAGAGUGACUGAGCCAGGCUGUGGGUGCCAGGCCCCCUAGGCUCCCCCUCUCUUUCUUCUGCCUGGAAUCCAGCAUGCCUGAGGCAGCUGGACACAUUCCUAGAGUCCAGCACUUUGUUUCUGUCACCUGGGGAUGGUGGGGGAGGAGCUGCUCGCUUCCCUGAACUGCAGCCUUUCUGGCCCAGUGCUGCCCUCCAGCUGUCUUAUGUCUUCAGCUGCUUUGGUCACAACGUCCUUGGACUCCAUCUCUGAAGGGUCAUCUGAGGUUACCACAGCAAAUGACCUGUGCGACUCUCUGCCCUUUGGAGACUGACUCAGGAUGCAGUUAUGUGGUUGUGAACCUUGUGCAGUUAGACUCCUUGUUCUGCAUUUAUAAAGACUGUACAGACUGGGAUCCCUGGUGCCCCUGAAGAGUCUGCCGGUUUUGCUCGGCAGGGUGAAAUGCACUCCUGUUGUCCUGGCUAUUCAGGAGGCUGAGAGUGAAGUAUUACUUGAGCCUUGGAGCUCAAGGCCAGCCUGGGGGACAUAGUAAGACCUCAUCACUUUAUAACAACAACAAAAAAAAGUUUGUCAGUUUUCCUGAUCUUUGCAGUAUGGAGAAUUGGACAGUGGCCUCUGAAUUCCUCUGCAAUUUUCACAUUUUAGGACUUUGUGUCUUUUAAAUUCAAAAAUCUUCUCAUGUGUUGGGUCAUCAUAUUUUGUGUGCAGCUAUUUGUCACCCCUCCCAAGGAUUUUAUACAUCUUUACCCAUAGCUGUGUGGGUUUUUGCAGUGCCCACUGCAUGAGCACUGUACAUCCCACAUGGGGAGCAUACUUCCUUUCUCCCCAGGCAAAGGGAUGUGAACAGGCAUCGACACCCCCCACCCCAAUGUCCAGGCAGAAGCUUGCAGAGCCCUUGAGUGGUGGGGUCAUGUGCCUCUGCCAUGAGAACAUGUCUCCCGUGUUGGAGCUGUUCCUUAGCGUGGGUGCCAGAAUGUAAGACGUGGAACAGAGCUAAAGCAGCUGGACUGCAGCCCUUGACUGUCAUACAAGAGAAAAACGUUUGCUGUAGUGAGCCCGAGAUUUGGGGGUUAUAUGUUACCACAGCAAAGCUGCCUAAUACAUUAUUAAACUAAAACCAGCUGCUGUCCUUCAGUUGGACUAAUUUGAGUUUUGUGUUGUAGACUUCAUUGUUAUUGAAGGGAAGCUGGCUGUGGAAUUCUUAGAACUGUGCGGCUUUCUUUCCAGGUGCAGGUCCCUGCCUGUGGCUUGUGGUCAGGAAGCUGGAGUUCAGCCUCCUUCCUAAGCUUUGUUUUGGUUGCACUUGGGCCAUUCUCUCUCACUCCCCAGCUAGAGCCUCCCCAGCUCUCUCUCUCUCUUUUUUUUUUUUUUUUUGAGACAGAGUCCCAAGCUAUUGCCCUGGAUAGAGUGCUGUGGCAUCACAGCUCACAGCAACCUCCAACUCUUGGGCUUAAGCGGUUCUUUUGCCUCAGCCUCCCAAGUAGCUGGGACUUACAGGCGCCUGCCACAACACCUGGCUAUUUUUUUUGUUGUUGCAGUUGCAUUGCUGUUUUUAGCUGGCCGGGGCUGGGUUCGAACUCACCACCCUCAAUGUAUGUGACGGGUGACUGAGCUAUGGGUGUCUCCCAUCUCUCUCUUUUUGUAAGAACUCAGAACAUUGCGUAAAGGGACUAACGUUUGACUUGCAGAGUUCUCUGUGGCAGCCAACACCAGCCAGCUCACUCUCCCGGGGGCUGAGCAGGCUCCAGUGUGCCUUCUGACUCAGCUCUGACUGGACAGCAUAUGCAGCCCCCUUUCCAGGCGCUGUGAGACUGAGACAAGGUGCUGGGUGCAAGCAGGUUGUACAUGAAAAGAACUGGGACAUACCACUUGAGAAAGGUGUUCCCUGCCACCUAUCCUCAGCACCUGGCAGGCCGAGAGUCUUGACGAGGCCAAGUCAUCAGCCUGCUUCUUUGUGGAGCCUACUUUAUCUAUAAAGGGACUCACAAAUGUCUGACACCAAACAGGCUUGUCCAUGGUACUGUCGUACAGAUAUUGUAAUACCGUAUGCAAAGGACCCACCCCAGCGCCUGGCAUAAAGUUAUUCAAUA